GGGGCUGCCUCGUCCACUCGGAACUGCCUGGUGAAGUCUUGCGUGUGUGGUUUUCUGGUGGAAGCGCGCAGCCAUGUCGGACGCGGUGAUCAGUUUUAUGAAGGACUUCUUGGCGGGUGGCGUGGCCGCAGCCAUCUCCAAGACAGCCGUAGCCCCCAUUGAGAGAGUCAAGCUCUUACUGCAGGUCCAGCAUGCUAGCAAGCAGAUCACUGCCGAGAUGCAAUACAAAGGCAUCAUUGACUGCGUGGUUCGAAUCCCAAAGGAACAAGGCUUUCUGUCCUUCUGGAGGGGCAACCUAGCCAACGUCAUCCGAUACUUCCCCACCCAAGCCCUCAACUUUGCCUUCAAAGACAAGUACAAGAAGAUCUUCCUGGGCGGUGUGGACCAGAAGACCCAGUUCUGGCGCUACUUUGCCGGCAAUCUGGCGUCGGGUGGCGCAGCCGGCGCCACCUCGCUGUGCUUCGUCUAUCCACUAGACUUCGCCAGGACACGACUGGCCGCAGACAUCGGCAAGGGCGCAGCCGAGAGGGAGUUCACAGGCCUGGGCAACUGCAUCACUAAGAUCUUCAAGACAGAUGGCCUUAGGGGACUCUACCUGGGCUUCAAUGUGUCUGUGCAGGGCAUCAUCAUCUACAGAGCUGCCUACUUUGGUUGCUUUGACACAGCUAAAGGAAUGCUUCCCGAUCCCAAGAACACACACAUCGUAGUGAGCUGGAUGAUCGCCCAGACGGUGACGGCCGCGGCCGGCCUCGUGUCGUACCCCUUCGACACAGUCAGGCGUCGCAUGAUGAUGCAGUCCGGUCGCAAAGGAGCUGACAUCAUGUACAAGGGAACAAUGGACUGCUGGAGGAAGAUCCUCAAGGACGAAGGAUCUAAAGCUUUCUUUAAGGGUGCAUGGUCUAACGUGAUCAGAGGGAUGGGUGGCGCGUUUGUGCUGGUGCUGUACGACGAGAUCAAGAAGUACACAUAGGCCACUACGCGUCGCCAUGGAAACCUCUUCCCUAAAAUGCCUGCUAGUCUUAAUUCUGCUCUUAACACAUGCAUUGCAGCCCUGAAGUUCUGUACAUAUUCUAUCCACAGCCAUUACAUUAGGAACGCCUGCACAAUGCAAUACGUUGAAUUAUAUUAGUACUGGAUUGUGCAGGUUUACCUAAUGACCUGGCCGGAAAGUGCAAAUAUGUCCUCACCACUGUCAAGGCUCACUAUAAGCAGCAACUGUCAUCAGAAUAAAGGUUUACAGUUUCUCACAUCUGUUACCAUGACAAACCCUGUCAAAUGAACUAUGCUAUUUACAGUGACCUAAAAUAAGAAUUUAUCAUUGCAUCUGUUAGAUAUUGGAAUUUAAAAAAAAUUGUUAAUGAUGGGUUUCAUUACAAUUACUUAAGUAAUUUAUCUGCUGUCAAGUGGAUACCAAACAGCAUUUAUAUUGUGUAUCUUUUCAAAUAGGUUACUAAAACAUUUCUUUAUACACUGUAUUUUUAAAGCUAAGUAUCUGAAAUUAAGUUUUCAUAAAUUUUAAAAUAUUGUAUUAAACCAAACCACAAAGUUGUAUGACAAAUAUUGUACCAUGAGGGAAAAUAUAUGAUUUUGCCUUGAUUGGAUCUUCCUUCUACAUAAAAAAAAAAAAAAAAAAGCAGCAGAGGGAGGGGUGACUUGUGCCAGGUUUUACGUAAAGUGCAAUAAAGAGGAUGGCAGUUAUGCUUCCAACUGAAAUAUACGCCAAAAUGUUACGCACCUCAUGUCUUGUGGCAGAACCUGCCCCUGGUGCAAGGUAAAUUGCGUGACUGGGUAUAAUACACUGGGAUAAGUAAUGCAAAAAAGAUCAAUCUCAGAAAUAGUAUCUCUGAGCAAAAAUAAGCACGUUAAUAAAAGUAGUUGUAAACCUCAAAACCAUUUCUACAGCUUACUCUCCCACUUUCCAAUGUUAGGAGGGGAACAUAAACCUUCCUUCUUGCUGUCCCCACCACGUUUUUGUGGUGUGGGUAACUUUAUGAGAACAUCCCCUCUUAUGACUCCCAUUUUCUUUAAAUGUGAAGAUGGGCUUUUUAUCCAGACCUAAUAAGACUGCUUUAGAAACUGCACUGAUCUCACGACAUCAUCCUCAGCAUUCUCCGCAACUCCUGUUUCUAUGUGUACAAUUAAUAAUGACAGUCAUCCCCACCACUCUGGACAUUUGAACUGUCAUAACCAGUGAAAGUAAUCAAGAGCUGGUAUAAAUGACAGUGAAUUAUGAUUGGUCAAUCCCUCUUAAUAUACAAAUCAUAAAUUUCUUAGGAUUAUAAGAAAAUGCUCAAAAUCGCACUGCUUCUAAACGUAGCCAUUGUGACAAACGUCAUGCAACAUGCUUACAGAAAAUAAACACUUAAACACUAGAAAAAUUAAAAAUAAAAAUAGUUAAUAAAAUAGGCAAACUCUUCAGUUUCUUUACCUGUGCCAUAUGCCUGUAUCUCCUUUCUCUAUGUGAGACCUAGACAAAGCCUGCUUUACUUCUUUGGUCCACUAAGGCGCGUGUAGUGGGGCAAAAAAGUAUUUAGUCAACCACUAAUUGUGCAAGUUUUCCCACUUGAAAAUAUUAGGCUUGCAAUUGUCAACAUGGGUAAACCUCAACCAUGAGAGAAUGUGGGAAAAAAAAAAAAAAAAAAAAGAAAAUCACUGUUAGAUUUUUAAAGAAUUUGCAAAUCAUGGUAAAAAAUAAGUAUUUGGUCAAUACCAAAAGUUCAUCUCCAUACUUUGUUACGUACCCUUUGUUGGCAAUAACGGAGGCCAAACGUUUUCUGUAACUUCACAAGCUUUUCACACUCUGUUGCUGGUAUUUUGGCCCAUUCCUCCAUGCAGAUCUCUCGAGCCGUGAUGUUUUGGGGCUGUCGUUGGGCAACACGGACUUUCAACUCCCUCCACAGAUUUUCUAUGGGGUUGAGAUCUGGAGACCGGCUAGGCCACUCCAGGACCUUGAAAUGCUUCUUACGAAGCCACUCCUUUGUUGCCCUGGCUGUGUGUUUGGGAUCAUUGUCAUGCUGAAAUACCCAUCCACGUCUCCUCUUCAAUGCCCUUGCUGAUGGAGAUUUUCACUCAAAAUCUCUCGAUACGUGGCCACAUUCUUUCGUUUACACAGAUCAGUCGUCCUGGUCCCUUUGCAGAAAAACAGCCCCAAAGCAUGUUUCCACCCCAUGCUUCACAGUGGGUAUGGUGUUCUUCGGAUGCAAUUCAGUAUUCUUUCUCCUCCAAACAAGAGAACCUGUGUUUCUACCAAAAAGUUCUAUUUUGGUUUCAUAUGACCAUAACGCAUUCUGAGGUUGUGGACAGGUGUCUUUUAUACCGAUAAUGAAUUAAAACAGGUCCCAUUAAUACAGGUAACGAGUGGAGCCACGUUAGACCUCGUUAGAAGUUAGACCUCUAUGACAGCCAGAAAUCUUGUUUGUAGGUGACCAAAUACUUAUUUUCCACUGUAAUUUGGAAAUAAAUUCUUUAAAAAUCAAACGAGAUUUUUUUUUUCCACAUUCUGUCUCAUGGUUGAGGUUUACCCAUGUUGACAAUUACAGGCCUCUCUAAUCUUUUCAAGUAGGAGAACUUGCACAAUUGGUGGUUGACUACUUAUUUGCCCCACUGUAUAAGCCAUUGAUGGUGCAUAGCACAAGGGAACCCGUGGAGAGUUGGUUGGCAGGGCAAUCAGAGAUACUUGCAUUUGAUUGGUUAAAACAGUACGGGUAUUUAACAAACCUGGCAACAGCUAUUAUUCAAGAAACAUUGGCUACUCUAUGCUUUUCUCAACUAUUACAUAUCGGAAAAAUUUAGUUGUGUCUAUUCACUUUAUUAAACAAGAUUCUCUUCACUGGGACACACUUUAUCGAGGUCUUGUCUUGCACUUUAAGUGGAAUGGGAAAAUAAA